AGCGCUCAGAGGAAAUUAUUUAAGUUUCUCAAAGUGCUGCUGUUUAGUGUCAUAUUUUCGAUUACAGUUUUGUUCCUUGUUGCCACAGUUAGGACGAUUACAUUUGAUGUGGACGCGGGGCUUCAGCUGGGAAAAUACAACAGCCAUUUCUCUUAAUUUAAGUCCACAACAGAGAAACAAUCUGCUGGCAAAUUUCAAAGUCUUCCCUAAGAUCUUCUCAUCCAGCUUGGUCCAACAUGAGAUGGUGGGAAACUACAGCCACCUUUUGACGGUAUCAGGAAGCGAGCCUGAUCUGGAGCCCUACAUGCUGCUGGCACACAUUGAUGUUGUGCCGGCCGAUGAGGCGGAUGGAUGGGAUGCUCCUCCUUUCUCUGCUCAAGAGCUCAAUGGCUUCAUUUAUGGACGAGGAACCAUUGACAAUAAACAGUCUGUGAUGGGGAUCCUUCAGGCGUUGGAAUACCUGCUGGAACGAGGUUACACUCCUCGGAGAAGCUUCUACAUUGGCUUGGGUCACAAUGAGGAGGUGAAUGGUUUACAUGGGGCAGCCAAUAUUGUGAAGCUCCUGAAGAGUCGGGGGGUGAAGCUCCAGUAUGUUUUAGAUGAAGGCCUGGCAGUGCUGGAUGGUGUCAUAAUGGCCUGGAUGGGCCUGCUGCCCUGUAUCAGUGAGAAAGGUAAGGCCACAGUAAAGCUGAGUGUAAGCAGCGCUCCAGGACAUUCAUCCAUGCCGCCCAGAGAAAGCAGCAUUGGCAUCUUGGCAUCAGCUGUCAACAGAUUGGAGGAAAAUCCGAUGCCCAGGCUGUUUGGUUAUGGUCCUGAGCAUGGCACAUUUGAACACCUGGCCCAUAAGUUUGGUUUGCCUCUCAGAUUAAUCAUGUCUAAUCUGUGGCUCUUCUCUCCACUACUCAGCAGGUAG